AUGGACGACAAAAUCCUCACCCCAAGCCGGCGCUCAAACCCCGAAACGGUCUCCGCUCAGUCCUACCGCGCUCAAGAGACGAGCGAGAUGCGCCGGUGGGCAGAAACCCUCAAGCUCAACAAGCCGAUCCCCCGGGAUGUUUUGCCGCUGCUAGCCAAGGACGGCGCCAAACAGCUGGAGAUUGUGAUGAAACACAUGCAUAUUGGAAAGCAGGAACAGCACGAGUAA